AUGGUGGCAUGCUCACUUGCCGUCAUCGUAGCAAUAGGUCUAGCGCUGCGCAAAUUCAACCGCAAGAAGUACGACCGCAUGGCGCGUCUCAAGGUUCAACUUUACGACAACAUUCACAAGGAGACUCUUCUGUACCGCAUGAACAGCAUCCUUCCGUACUUACAGACUGCACUGCUGCCGCUCUUCCUCGCCACUGAGUUACAGGGCAAAGGGAAGACCAUUGCCGAAGCUUUGCUCUUUGGAGCGGCACUGUCAUGCGUCUUGGAUGUGUUCAUGUUUGACAGCUGGGCUCUAUUGAUCUGCUCCAUUUUUGUCUUUCACCAUUCGAGCCAACGGUUCGGCGUGGUAUUGGGCCAUCGUGCACUGGCAAUGACGGUCUUACAGCCCUUAGUGCAUGUUCUUAUGCGUCGCGACCUGACUAGAUCCCUCAACUUCACGGAUUCGGUGCUAGUCUCGCAACUGUUUACUGUGGGAGCGAAUCUGGUCUGCGGAGGGUACAAGUACACCUGGUGGGGACCACUGACCCAACUGGCCGACUUCGGCUUCCACGCGGGUUGCAUCUUGUUGGCGCUAGUUUUGGUCAUGCUGUUUGAGUUCGCGGUAGAGUCGUACCCGAGUUCAUGCAUCAGGCGCCGCCUCGCCAACGUCGCACGCACAUUCGUCGUAGGAUACGCCGCCUACAGGGCCGGUCUAUGGGCAUACACCUACAAUGCAUACAAGAACGGGCUUACGCCACUUCAGAGCCUCGUUAAGCUCUUCAGCACCAACGACGCACUCAUCACCCUUGCCGCAUGGGCUGUACACACUGUUGUGUGCGUCACCAUUCUGUACCUUAGGUCGCCGCUGCUCACUGCAGCGUCCGCGCACAAGCACUCGGCCAAGUCGCCCUGCAUCACCCUACUGCGCAAGGGACUACACGUGGUUCUCCUCGUCAACGGGUUCGUGGCCAUGUACAUGGGACAGGUGAGACACGGCUACGCCAAAGUGACAAUUACGCAGCACACGCUCUUCGCCCUCUGCCUCUACCUAAUCUUCAUAGGCGGCUUUGCGCUCGAGAUCCUGCGGUUCUACGGGUGCAUUCCCGGGAGGCUUAGCCGUGUCUUAAGCAAUAUGUACAAGGCAUUCGGAGAGGGUGUGACGCUCAGGUCACUCGUCGUCGCGCACGCCUUUAUCGCCCUCGCAACGGGGUUGCCGUUGUGGAUGCAGGUUGGGAAGGGAUUGCAGAUGGAUUUCACCAAGGCGUACAUCGGACUCACAACCGUCGCUUUCGCGGAUUCGCUCGCAGCAAUCGUAGGAAGCAAGGCACACAAGCUUGUCUGCCACGAGAAGUCCAUUGCCGGAAGCCUCGCCUUUUUCGCAGGCGCCUUUGUGGCGCUCGCUGGCGCGCUGUUCAUCCAGCACGGAGCUGCUAUUGGCUACAAGCACGCAGGCGCCAGCAUGGCGGUGGCGCUCGCCGCCACCAUUGUAGAGGCAGGAAGCCCCGGAACCGACAAUUUCGGCGUGGCGAUGAUUGCCUACAUAGUGUACUCAAACCUGGAAAAGGUCCUUAAUUUGUAA